UCCUGAUACAGUUUGAAGCAAAUAAAAACACAGACAAAUAUUGUUUGGAGUUAAUCGAAUUCAACAGCGAAAUAUUAAGCUUUCUACGUAGAUUUGCUUUCGGAAUUACAUCUGGAUUGCUUCAGACAGAUAAGCUUAUGGAUGUAGAGAUCGAAAUUGGAGGCAUUCCAUACGGAAUAUGGUGGAUUCGGAAAAUUUUGCCCAAAGAUAAGAAAAGACGAUUGCUUUUGUUACGUGUCUUCACCCUUUUUCUCACAUACGUGGUUUACGUUUCUUUCCAUGUGGCUAGGAGACCCAUUACAGUUGUCCAGUUAAAGAUAACUCACAGCUGUAAUCUAACAGCCUAUUCUGAAGCUUGGAUCAAGCAUUUUCCCGAAAAUAAAGCAUCUGACUGGUGUCAAGGAACUCUUUUCGAAACGUCUGGAAAAGUAAUUAUGGGUUUGAUAGAUGUGACCUUCUACGGAACAUAUGCGUUUUCAAUGUAUUUCAGUGGUAUCAUAGCAGACUGCUAUAAUCCCCGGUACUUCCUGACUACUGGAUGCAUUUUGACUGGCUUCUUUUCCAUGAUCCUGGGGCUAGCUGAUAUGUGGAAAAUUGUCAGUUACUAUUUUCUUAUUAUGUCUCUGAUAUUGAUGGGGGCUUCUCAGUCAACAGGAUGGCCUGUUGUUCUCUCUUGUGCAAGUUUUUGGUACUCCGGGAAAAAAAGGGGUCUAUUUUUUGGUAUUUGGAACACUCAUAAUUAUUUAGGCAGCGUCCUUGGAUUAUACCUGGCGGAAAUAUUUAUUGAUGAUCAAUGGGGAUGGAGCUUUCAACUUCCUGGAAUUAUCGUCACUGUUAUGGGAUUAAUUGUUAUUUUCUUUCUAGUGACAGAUCCAUCAGAUGUUAACAUCUUAGACGCAGAGAAAGAAAACAGUCUGAAUCGCAGAGGUGAAGGAGAUGUGGAUAUUCCACCAUGGCUGCACUCUAAACCGUCUAUUAAAUUUUACGAUGCUCUUCAUCUACCUGGCGUACUGGAGUACAGCGCCUGCCUCUUCUUUUCCCGAAUGGCCGCCUAUGUUUUCAUUUUUUGGUUGCCCAUCGUCAUUGUUCAUAGCAGAGCGAUGAACAUUUCUAGGAGUAGCUACUUUUCCAUGGCGUACGUUAUAGGAGGAACGUUUGGAGGUAUAUUGGCUGGCGUACUGAAGGAUAUUCUGAGACGGAGUGCUCUCAUCUGUAUUAGUUUUUUUCUUCUUUCCAUACUUGUCAUUCUUUUCAGGAUUCUUUUCAGCGAAGUGAUAAGCGUAAUCUUAGACAUGGGGCUGCAGCUUUUACUGGGACUUAUGGUUGAAGCACCGUAUAUAUUAAUAAUCACUUCUGUUUCCGCUGACAUUGGCACUCACAAGCUAAUUCGCAGGGGUCACAGGGCCUUGUCUACUGUUGGAGCCAUCAUUGAAGGAACAGGAGCAGUGGGAGCCACCGUUAGUCCCCUUCUGAUCGGAUUAUUUUUGAUGCGUCUUAAAUUUAUCUAUGUGAUGUACUUCACGAUCGUUAUGGAACUUCUGGCUUGCCUCUGUUUGAUUCGCAUGGCCUACAAGGAUAUCCAUGAAGAAAGAAGGCGAAUGAGUUUAGUGGAUUACUGGAAUGCUCCAGCAUUUACGUGAUUUUCAGUUCAUUCAAAAUUCCUGAGUAGUGUUCCAAUGGAAUUUUAAAUACGCGCAUAUUGAACAGGAUGUAUAUAUAAAUUUUUUGAAACUUCAUAGUAAACUUUCCCUAAUGUGCAUCGAAAGAAUUAAAUGAUCCUGUUCAUCAAAAUAAAAAAAAAUAAAAAACUGUUCCAGUCGAAAAGAAAAAAGCAUAUUCCUUUUUAUCGGAAAUUAAUGAAAAACUAUAUUGAGAACACGAAAAAUUGAUUGACAGAAAAUGUUGUUAGUAUAUUUCAAGACUAUUAUUUUGUUGUAUAAGACAAUUAUUUAUAAUCAUCUCAUACUUGUCUACAAAAUGUACACCUUUAAAAAAAAU